AUGACCGUACGUGUCGUAUCAUACAAUAUUUUGGUACCUAUUUAUGCUGAUCGACCAGACAUUUAUUGUAAAUGUCGACCAGAAUUUCUCAAAACCGAUUAUCGAUGGAAUCUAAUUCGAUCUCAAUUAGAACAAGAAGUUCAUCGUCAUGAAAAUACGAUCAUCUGUUUACAAGAACUAUCUUUAACAUUGUUGCCAGCACUUGAAUUAGUUUUUCGUCAAUGGAAUUACACAUUGUUUCAUCAUUUGUAUGGUGCACGUUAUAACGAUUGUAUGGGCAUAGGUAUCGCAAUUCCGGCUUCUAUGAAACUUAAUUCACUUUCUAUUAUAAGAAUUGGAGAUUUUAUACACUCGAUCAGUAAGCCUCGAGAACAGCAAGUAAAUAUUUUAACAUCGGAAUGCGACAUGGAAGAGCAACAACACGAUACGCCAGACCCAUGGGAAACUGCUAUGACUAGAGUCAAUGCUCUCAUCUGUAUACAAGUUACUAUUGACAAUAAAUCAAUCUAUAUAGGCACGUACCAUAUGCCUUGUCUUUACAAAGAACCUGACAUUAUGCUGAUUCAUUCAUCAAUUGUGAAAGAUUUGAUGUUUCAUUUAACAGGUGGACAAGAUUUUAUUCUUGCUGGUGACUUCAAUUUUGACCCAGCAGAUAUGUGCUACAAGGCUUUAACAGAGAAAAAUUAUGAUGGCUAUCAAAUACCAGAAUCUAGAACUUAUGAAAUCUCGUAUCGUCGCAACGCUGAACAAGUAUUGAAGAGUGCUUAUCGAGAGAAAAACGGAGUCGAACCGACUUACACAGACUUUGCUCAUACACCCAACUGUCCAGAUUAUUGUGCUACAUUAGAUUAUAUAUUUUUUCAUGGUCAUCUUACGAUAGAAAACGUGUUGGAAUUACCAGAUCAUCCUUCUAGUGAAUCUUAUCCAGAUGAAACACAUCCAUCAGAUCAUAUUAUGAUUGCAGCAACAAUUCGAUUGCCGUAA